CUGUGGUUUCAUCGCUUCUCUCGCCAUCCGCCGGCCUUUCCAGGCGUCAGGUAGCUUCUCCACGCCCUCGCCCUCUGCUGCUGAGACCUGCGCCUCUGCGGGGGGCAGUGUGGACCACAGGGGGCCCUGAGGCCGAGAAAUGGAUUCAGUGGCCUUUGAGGAUGUGGCUGUAAACUUUACCCUGGAAGAGUGGGCUCUGCUGGAUCCUUCACAGAAGAAACUCUACAGAGAUGUGAUGCGGGAAACCUUGAAGAACCUGGCCUCAAUAGGAAGAAAAUUGGAAGACCAUAACAUUGGCGAUCAGUACAAAAAUCAGGGAAGAAAUCUAAGACAUAUGGUAGAGAGAGACUGUGAAAGUAAAGAUAGUCAAUGUGGAGAAAACUUCAACCUUAUUUCAAAUCUUAAUCUGAACAAGAAAACUUCUAAAGUAAAACCAUGGGAGUGCAGUGUGUGUGGAAAAGUCUUCAUGAGUCGUUCAUCCCUUAAUAGGCACAUGAGAUCUCACACUGCACCCAAACCAUGCAAGUAUCAGGAAUAUGGAAAGAAACCUUACAAAUGCAAGAUAUGUGGGAAAGCCUUCAGUUAUCUUCAACCUUUUCAAAAACAUGAAAGAAAUCACAGUGUAGAGAAAUCAUAUAAAUGUAAGGAAUGUGGGAAAUCCUUUAGAUAUCGUCAAUCUGUUCGAAAACAUGAACGAACUCACACGGGAGAGAAACCCUAUCAAUGUAAACAAUGUGGGAAAGCCUUUAGAUAUCAUCAAACCUUCCAAACACAUGAAAGAACUCACACAGGAGAGAAACCCUAUGAAUGUAAGCAAUGUGGUAAAGCCCUCAGUUGUCCCAGUUCCUAUCGAAGCCAUGAAAGGACUCAUACUGGAGAAAAACCCUAUGAAUGUAAAAAGUGUAAUAAAGCCUUCAGUUGUCCAAGUUCUCUUCGAAAACAUGAAAGAACUCAUACUGGAGAGAAACCCUAUGACUGUAAGGAAUGUGGGAAAGCCUUUAUUUCUCUCGGAAGCUUUCAAAGACACAUGAUAACACAUACUGGAGAUGGACGUUAUAAAUGUAAGGACUGUGGGAAAGCAUUCAAUUGUCCCAGUUCAUAUCGAAUACAUGAAAGAUCUCACACUGGAGAAAAACCCUACGAAUGUAAACAAUGUGGUAGAGCCUUCAGUUGUUCCAGUUCCUUUCGAACACAUGAAAGAACUCACACUGGAGAGAAACCCUAUCAAUGUAAGGAGUGUGGAAAAGCUUUCCAUUGGCUCACGACUUUUCAAGUCCAUGUGAGAACUCACACUGGAGAGAAACCCUAUAUAUGUAAGCUAUGUGGUAAAGCCCUUAGUUGUCCCACUUCCUUUCGAAGACAUGAAAGAACUCACAGUGCCGAGAAACCCUAUGAAUGUAAACAGUGUAGGAAAACCUUCAGUUCUGCUCUAGGUUUGCAAAUACAUGAAAGAACUCACACUGGAGAGAAACCCUAUAAAUGUGAGGAAUGUGGGAAAGCAUUUGUAUCUCUCACAAGCUUUCGAAGACACAUGAUGACUCACACUGGAGAUGGCCCUUAUAAAUGUAAGGAAUGUGGGAAAGCAUUCAACUGUCCCAGUUCAUUUCGAAUACAUGAAAGAACUCACACUGGAGAGAAACCUUAUGAAUGUAAAAUAUGUGGUAAAGCCUUCAGUUGCUCGAGUUAUGUUCAAGUACAUGAAAGAACUCACACUGGAGAGAAACCCUAUGAAUGUAAAGAAUGUGGGAAAGCUUUCAUUUAUCGUACAACCUUUCGAGGUCACAUGAGAGUGCACACUGGAGAAAAACCGUAUAAAUGUGAAGAAUGUGGGAAAGCCUUUAGUCGACCCAGUUCAUUUAGAAGCCAUGAAAGAAUUCACACUGGAGAGAAACUUCUUCACUGUAAGCAUUGUGGGAAAGCCUUCAAUUGGCCCACAUCCUUACAUAAACAUGUUAUAAGAAUGCACACUGGAUAAAUUAUAACUGAUAAAUACAGGAAGGUUUUCACUCUUUAUAAAUACACUCAAAGUUAUGUGAUAACUCCACUGGAGAGAAAUAGCUAUAAAUGUAAGUUAUAUGGGAAAGCCAAUGCAAAUUAAUUUAGAUGUAAUACUCCAGAAAAUUAGUGACAUAAAAGAAAUGUUUCAAAGCUAAAAAUAUAUUUUCUUUAUCAGAGACUCAUCCUGAAAUUCAGUCUCUGGACUAUGAAACUGUCUCUGGGCCUAUUACUUUUGCCAAUGAGCAAUUAGUUCAGGCAAUAUUGUAAGUACUCUUUAAGCAACAGAAUACACUUUUAGUAGGUAGUUUUUCUUAAAUAAGCUUAUAAAAUUUUUGUUUUCCCAUUUUAAAGUCUGUUGGAUCCAUGGGUGAGUUGGAAUAUAAUUGUACUACAUACUAGUAGGAUUAAUUUUUAUACAAAAACCUAACCCUGUAAAUUAAGGGAAAUAGUGACACAUUGGAAUUUGUUAGGGUUUUCCUAUUGGCUUAUGUGGCAAGUACUGGAUAUUUCUUACCCAUGAUAAAUAUUCCUUCUCUUAGGAGAAAAGCUUUCUUUGUCUUUCAUCAAAAGAGCCUUACUAAUUUUUCUUACUAAAGGAUAUUUGGCAUAAACUUGUAAAUAUGCAAAGUUUAUUAUCUACACUAAUAAAAGAGAAACAUGCAUAUUGGUGUCACUCUGCUACAUCCACCAGCCAAUCAGAUGACUAUGCAAAUUAGCCCAACAAAG